AUGCCUAUCAGACAGCGAUUCCGCAAUAUUUUCUCUCGGAAUACCGAUGUACCAGCGCCAGAUGGCCUUUCAAAGGAAGAUGGGUCACCAAAGCAAGAUAGUUUGCAGCAAUUAACAACUAUUUCUCCGGCCAAUAUAUUGGUAUCUUAUAUGCCUGAUGCAAGCUUGCCAGAACGACUCUGGGAUCAAGCUUAUGACGCUUUGAAGAUACAGGAUGCUGCUCUGGUCCAGGCAUACGAGAAGAUUCUAUCUCGUCACCUUCACGGCCAGGGGCUUAACUCUCCAGUAAUGGACGCUGAUAAGAACGUCAUUGCGCAAGAUAAUGCCCACACUAGAAGAACACAGAUGCGGCGGCUUAUUGAUGAAGGUUUAAAUAACACCGCCCAAGAGGCCAAACUAAAGGAGACCAUUGGCACAGCCACUCAAUUUAUAUUCGCUGCAAAAGAUAUAAUUAGCUCUGCUAUUCAGGCUACACCACAGGCAGCGCUUGCUUGGGCUGGUGUAUGCGUGGCGCUCGAGAUGAUUCAGAAUCCAAUAGCUUCCACAGAGGCCAAUCGUAUUGGCAUCGAGUAUGUGAUUAAGAGAAUGGAUUGGUACUGGAAUCUAUCUAGUAUCAUCUUGAAAGAAAGUCCCAAUGAUAAUGAUGGUGGCUUUGGCAGCAUCCGACGUGAACUUGAGACUCAAGUUGUUGAUCUCUAUAAAGCUCUCCUCUUGUAUGAGAUAAAGAGCGUUUGCUUCUACUAUCGCAGCCGUGGACUUGUGCUUUUACGUGAUAUAGCCAAACUCGAUGACUGGAAUGGCGAUAUACGAGCUAUUCAGAACGCCGAGCGCAUUUUUAAUGACGGCUCCAAUACCCUUGUGGAUCUAAAGAAGGUCUCCAACCUCGAGCAGCUUGUCAAGUAUGCAGAAAUGCAGUCAACAACUCAGAUGACAAGGGAAGACCAACAGUGCAUGAAAGAUCUACGUCUCACAGAUCCUAGCGCUGAUAAGAAGCGUAUUGAACAGACAAAAGGCGGUCUGUUACACGACGCAUAUAGCUGGAUCCUUAAUAACCCUGACUACCAACAUUGGCGGAAUAACAAGGAGAGCCGUCUGCUCUGGAUCAAGGGUGAUCCAGGCAAAGGCAAGACCAUGUUACUCUGUGGCAUCAUCAAUGAGCUGGACCAGCACUCAAUCGGCUCUGGUACAGCUCAUGUCAUCUACUUCUUUUGUCAAGCCACUGACAAUCAACUUAAUAACGCUGCUGCCGUCCUACGUGGUUUAAUAUUCAUGCUUAUUAAUAAGCAGCCAUCGCUAAUUUCACAUUUACGAAAGGAGUAUGACCAAGCUGGUGGAAAGCUCUUUGAAGGCUCGAACACUUGGAUUGCCUUAUCCGAUAUUCUCGCUGCUAUCCUUCAAGACCCAACGCUGAAGGCUACAUACCUGGUUGUCGACGCUCUUGAUGAGUGUACAUCCGAUUUGCAAAAACUUUUGGACAUGAUUGUAGACACGUCUUCCACUAGUAGUCGUGUAAAGUGGAUUGUGUCUAGUCGAAAUUGGUCUCAGAUAGAAGAGCGCCUGCGACGCGCUGAGCAGAAAGCAAAGCUUAGCUUGGAACUCAACGCAGACUCUGUUUCCAAUGCGGUGGAUGUUUACAUCCGAGAAAGGGUACAUCGGCUGGCAAUACUGAAGGGGUAUGAUGAAGAAACGUGCGAUGCGAUACGAACCUAUCUGUCUGAUAAUGCAAACGACACAUUCUUAUGGGUGGCUUUAGUCUGCCAAAACUUGGAAAAGUAUCAGCGAUGGAAAGUUCUCAGAAUGCUGGGAGAGUUCCCGCUUGGUCUUGAUUCUUUAUACAGACAAAUGACGAAUCAAGUGCUCUCUAUGAACGAUGCUAGCGACGUGAGCCUCUGCAAGCGAAUUCUCGCCAUUAUGACGAGCGUGUAUCGACCAAUCACCCUUCGCGAGCUUGGACGUCUUAUCGAUAUCCCAGGGAAUCUUUCAGAUGAUAUCAAUUUUUUGGAAGAAAUUGUAGCCCUCUGUGGCUCUUUUUUAACCAUCCGUGACGAUACAAUCUAUUUCGUCCAUCAGUCAGCCAAAGAUCAUCUCACCAGCAACGAAGAGGCAGUCUCUGCCAUCUUUCCCUCGGGCAGCGAGGAUACACAUCUUGGCAUAUUUUUUCAGUCGAUACAGGCAAUGGAGGCAAUUUUGAGAACUAACAUUUAUCAGCUAUCACACUUUGACAAUUUUAUCAGCAAUGAUAUUAACUUACCGGACCCAGACCCAUUAAGUCCCAUUGACUAUUCUUGCCUCUAUUGGGUGAAGCACCUCUGCGAAGGAAUUGCGAGCAAAAUCAGCACUGAAUACCAAAACACCCUUGCAGAUAAUGGAGCUCUCGAUGUGUUUGUUCGAAAGCAUCUUCUUCAUUGGCUGGAGUCUUUAAGUUUAUUACGCCAUGUAUCGGAUGCCGUUAUCUCGAUAACAAAGCUUGUCGCCUUACUUACAGCACGAUCAACCCAAGGAAAACUAGUCACUUUUCUUCAAGACGCGCACAGAUUUCUUCUCUACAAUAAAAGGGCUAUCGAAAUUGCUCCUCUCCAAGUAUAUUCAGCAGCGCUAUUAUUCAGUCCUAUGAAAAGCUUGAUACGCGAAGCUUUUCUUCAUGAGACUCCCUCCUGGAUAUAUAGUAGGCCCAUCAACGAAGAUCAGUGGAGCCCUUGCUUGCAGACUCUCGAAGGCCACCAAGGCCCAGUAAUGUCCUUGAUCUAUCUGGAUAACAAUCAGAUUGCUGCAGCAUCAAUGGACGGAACCAUCAAGAUAUGGGAUGUGAUUACAGGCACAUGCCUAAGGUCACCGGCGGGUAUUGAGGGUUUUUCCGCAUUGAUCUCCUUAAAAAACGGUCGACUUGCCUCGGACUCCAAAGGUGGAAUUAUUCAAAUAUGGGAUCCAACCACAGGCGACGAACGAAUCGCUACAGGAUUGAAGAGCGGAAAAAUCAAGAUUUGGGAUUUAAACGCAGGUAUAUGUAUCCAGACACUUGAAGGACACAAUGGAUCUAUACAAGCUCUGGAUUCCUACGGAGAUGAUCGGAUUAUCUCGGGAUCAUCUGAUAAGACAGUUAGAAUCUGGGAUAUAUCGACAGGCGAGUGUAUCCAAACACUCACAGGUCACACCGGCGUGGUGCGUUCAGUGGCCUACUCAACAGAUGGCCAGAUCGCUUCCGCAUCAGGUGAUUGCACAAUCAAAAUCUGGGAUGCAGCUACGGGCGAAUGUGUCCAGACGCUCACAGGUCAUGAAAGUGGAGUGUUUUCAGUAGCCUACUCAACGGAUGGCCAAAUCGCCUCGACGUCAGGCGAUAACACGAUAAAAAUUUGGGAUGCAGCUACAGGCGUGUGUACUAGAACGCUCAAAGGCCAUUCUGGUACAUCCCUUACAGUGGCUUUUUUGGACAAUGGGCAGCUCGCAUCGAGCUCCAUAGAUAUGACGAUCAAAAUCUGGGAUUUACAUGCGACUGCAAACGUGGAGGCGCGAACAUCUGGGUACCAUGACAGACCAGUACGUUCUUUGGCCGUAUCGGAAGAUGGUCGUAUUGCCUCGGGAUCGGAAGAUGGCACAAUGCGCAUAUGGGAUAUCGCGGGCAAGUGCGUCCAGAUACUCGAACGCCAUGCCAGCGGCAUUAGCGCCAUCGACUUCUCAAAAGAUGGCCGGUUGGUUAUCUCUUGCUCAUUCGGUGGUGCAAUCAAAGUUUUGGAUGCAGAUACCGGCUUGUGUGUCAAGACACUUGAGACCUCUUCUGAAGAAUAUACUCUAUCGGUCAUGUUCUCGCCAGGUGGUCGAUAUGCUGCGGCGCCAAUCGGUAGAAGGAUUAAAAUCUGGGAUGUAGUAACGUGGACAUGUAUCCACACGCUAGAAGCUCACGAGAGAUUCUUUUCGUCAGCGAGCUUUUCGUCAACUGAUGAUCAUAUUGUUUCAGCAUCAAUUGAUUGCACCAUCAAACUUUGGGAUACAGCAACAGGAGCGUGUGUUCGAACAUUCAUGGCUGAUAGAAAGUUUGAUCCUUCUUCAUUGGCUUUUUCAUCAGAUGCUCAGUACAUAGCCUCAGAACUCUCGAAUGGUAUCAUCGAGAUCUGGCAUCUAUCAACUGAAACUUGUAUCCGGUCGUUCUAUAUUGGAUGGACCAGGUGGCUGUCGUUUGAUACGAGAACAAACUCCCGCCUCUAUUGUGAUCUCGGUGCUUUCGAGCUGGAUCUGGAUUCUGAUAUGUCAUUAGCUGAAGAAUCCCCGCGAGUAAGCUUCCAAGGCUAUGGUAUAAGUAGAGACGGGGAAUGGGUUAUAAAGGAUGGUAAGCCAAUGCUUUGGCUGCCUCCGGAGCAUCGGGCCAUCCAUUGCAUUAUCAAGGGAUCGACUGUCUUUCUCGGGUGCGACUCAGGACGCGUCUUGAAACUACAAUUCUCCGAAUCAGGGCCAGAUUAA